CAGGCAGUGACACACGACUGGAAGGGUCUCCCUGCUGCUAUAAAUGUUCCUACUCCAGUAGGGCUGAGGAAAGGUAGGGCGGUCCAAGGUUUACAGCGAAUAUCAUUAGGCUAAUACGCGCUGUAUCUGGCGGUGUGUUGCGUUAUGACGAGACAAGUAAGCGUUAUUGAAUCAUUAUAUUAGUUCCUCUGGUUGAUUGGAUAUUGAAUUUUCUCAUUUUGGAAGAAAGUGAUGUUUCGGUUUUAGGCUACCCAUACAGCCUACUGAAUCUUGCGGGAGUGGAACCUCUCUGUAUUAUUGGGAAAUCACUGGAAGCCGACAAUUUACUUAAGGAGGCCACCAUGAAUGAUAGCGUGUGCAUCAGUACUGCCAGCAUCGCGCAUGCAAGGAAGACUGUGGAGCAACUCAAAAUGGAAACCUUUGUGGAAAGGAUAAAGGUGUCUAAAGCGGCCGCUGACCUGAUGGCAUACUGCCAGGCUAAUAUAGAUGAUGAUCCUCUCAUCCUGCCUCUGCCCAUCUCUGAAAAUCCCUUCUGCCAGAAAAAGCUCUUCUGCACCAUCCUUUGAGGGCUGUUGCCCCCCUUCACUGCAGGGCCCAUCACACCUGACUCCCACACUGUAGGGGCAGGGCUGUGACCCUGACAGCCUGCAGUAAUAUUGGGUGACACACCUAAUUUAUGAACAGAAGGUGGUGCACAUAGCACCAUCUUAGUCCUCUUAUGGUUUUGUCUUUAUUUAGCCUUCAACAUUGAAGAAUGUUGUUGGUCAUUGUUUGAGAUGUUUUUUCUGUUCUUGCUUUUUUUCAAAUGGCCAAUCUUUUGCAUGUCUUGGUGAAAAGGCCAGACGGGGAUUUCCAGAAUAUACAAUAUCUUGCCUUUGACAAUAAAACCAUUCUCUUCCUGCUGUUAUGACAAAAUAUGGCAGAGAAGACUGAUUAAUAUUUUGAGUUUGUAAGAACUUUCUACUGACAAUAUAUAAAGUAAUGUAAUCAUUUCAAUGCACAACAGUGAGUGUUGCCUGUUAUGCAGUGUUUUCAGCUAUCAGUCAUGUGGUUUAUCACAUACUCUGUUUUAAACCUCAGGUCCUCUUUCAAUGGCCUAUAUAUUACAUUACAUUUAUAUUACAUUAUUGGCAUUUGGCAGAGGCUCUUAUCCAGAGCAACAUACAGUUGAUUAGACUAAGCAGGAGACAAUCCUCCCCUGGAGCAAUGCAGGGUUAAGGGCGUUGCUCAAAGGCCCAACGGCUGUGCAGAUCCUAUUAUGGCUAUACCGGGAUUAGAACCUUGCGUGUCCCAGUCAUUUACCUUAACCACUACGCUACAGGCCGCCCCUAUAUAUCUGUCUGUUUUUCACUUCAUCAGAUUUAUGAGUACGAUUGCCUACCAACUUGGCAAGAUUUCCCUUCUCUGUCCACCAUUCCGUGCAGCAUAUCCACAAUAGAUUGCACAUCAGGAAACAAAAUAUAUAGCUGCUGUUUGGCUAUAAUUCACAAAGGCUUUUGACGUUGCGUUUGGGACACAGCACAAGAGACAUUUUAGGUGUAUAUAUGCACAUUAUUUUUAAAGUGACGCAUACAACCUUAUAGCUACACUAACAGUACAAUAACUAUGUACAUGUGCAAACAUUUAAAUAUGCUUGUACAUCAUACUUAUCCCAUUGGAGAAAGGUUACAUACUAGUGUUUGUUGUUUAUGACAAUAUUUUUUUGCAUUUCUGUUGGAUGUGGAGGUGAGAGAGGAGAGAGGAGAGAGGAGCAUGCACUCUACACCAUAUGCUUUCUGAUGCUUUAUAUAAUGAGAUGUUCUCUUUGUACAAAUUGGUGCAUUCUAUGAUAUUAUUUAUCAUACACAGACUGUAUUUGAAUCUCUUUCUCUAGUAUCCAGUAUCCAGUCUUUGCUGGCACACAUGUAGAGGUUUCAGGGCACAACAAAUAAACAAAAGAUGAAGAAGGGAACUGACAUAAUAUCAUCUCAGUAAUUACAUGACUCUUUUGGUGAUGUGUACAAUCUGAUACGUAUCCUCAAAUAGUUUUCUUUCAAUUUUCUUGGUUUUGUUUUAAAGCAUUUUAAAUCAUACACCUCAACAACUGGAAUAAAUAUAUUUAUGAUUGAAAUAGUCUUAGUAAAAUGUUCUUUGUGUAGGCAUUUGGUUAUAACAUUGCAGACGUGAAAUCCAGAACUGUAUUGUCUACUUUUAUAACUAAUAUACUGUAUAAUGUAUAUCAAAUGAAUAUAUAUUUUUCCAAAUCAGAAUAAUUUAUUUGCUGGUCAUGCUGGGAAAUAUCUUCCCUUUAGGGCAGAAAACAGUGUCCAAACUUAUUUGAAAAGGGCCGGUGUGAGUGCUGGUUUUUGUUUUAACCCUGAUAGUCAAAAACACCUGAUUUGACUAUUUAACAAAUCAUGGUCUUCAGUCGAGACUAGAAUCAAGUGUCUUAUUGGUGAGCAAAGCAAAAGCCUGACUCUUUUCAAAUAAGAUGGGAUACCCUGCUUUCAGCAUACUUGUCCCUGGUUAUGGUUAUGCACUUUGUUAUGCAUUGCUCUGGAUAAGAGUACCUGCCAAAUUACUAUAAUGUAAUUUAAAGAUAUAGAAUGAAAAAAUGGCUUUUGGUGGUGUAUUCCUUAUUGU